CCGAGCGGUGGCAGGACGCGUGUGUGCAUCCGUCGGACCGUCAGUGCCCUCGCCGGAGACCAGCCCCGGAGGCCACCCGGGCCGGUCGCUGUGCCCGGCACCAUGAAGCAGGAGUCCGUAUCGCAGAGCACCCCGCCCGCCUCGCCGCCGCCCUCGCCACCCCCGGAGCUCUCCGCGCACCGCCCCCAGGACGACGGCCACCCCCCAGCGCUGUGGAUUUUCGGCUACGGCUCCCUAGUGUGGAGGCCUGACUUCGCCUACAGUGACAGCCGGGUGGGCUUCGUGCGUGGCUACAGCCGCCGCUUCUGGCAAGGAGACACCUUCCACCGGGGCAGCGACAAGAUGCCUGGCCGUGUGGUGACCCUCCUUGAAGACCGAGAGGGCUGCACUUGGGGCGUGGCAUAUGAGGUGCAAGGUGACCAGGUGAGCGAGGCUCUGAAGUACCUGAACAUCCGGGAGGCAGUGCUUGGCGGCUAUGAUACCAAGGAGGUCACGUUCUACCCGCAAGACACCCCUGACCAACCCCUCAAGGCGCUGGCUUACGUGGCCACCCCACAAAACCCGGGCUACCUGGGCCCUGCGCCUGAGGAGGCCAUUGCCACGCAGAUCCUGGCCUGCCGAGGCUCCUCGGGCCACAACCUAGAGUACCUGCUGCGCCUGGCGGACUUCAUGCAGCUGUGUGGGCCUCAGGCACAAGAUGAGCACCUGGCAGCCAUUGUGGACGCUGUGGGCACCAUGCUGCCCUGCUUUUGCCCCACCGAGCAGGCUCUGGCACUGGUCUGAGGUGCCCAUGUGGACGUCGGGCUUAGGCCCAGGCCCCCUCGGUGGAUGCACACAGACAUACUUGAUACAGCCGGGGGACGCUGGGAGUGGCAGGACAAGGCUGGGGGAGGGGCUUCUCCCUAAGCCCCACCAGCCUCCCACUCUCCUGCUGGACACGGUCGUACUACUUGAAACUUAAUUUAUUGCACCACGUUGGUGUGUUGGGCAAGGUGGGGGGCCUCCCCUGGAUGCUGGGACCCUGCUGAGCAGUGGCCCCACCCAGACACCCCACCCCCUCUGCCCAGUGCUGCUGCUAACCCCAUGACACCCAGUCCGGCCCCAUCCUAGGGGACCUUCUGCCUAUUCAGACCACCCAUCCCUCGCCCCUGAAAAUACCACCUCCCUAAGAGCCCAGCCCACUGAGUGAUGGGCUGCAGGGAGUAUGGAGAGGAGGUCCCCAAUAACGGAGGCCCCUGCUCACCCCCAGCUCCCAGGCCUUGCUGGAGCUGAUGUCCUGGCACAGCUGUUCCGGCUGGGCAGGGCUCUCAGCCUUUGAUGUUGUCUUCCUCCCCCUCUGUCUAUUGGUCUAGUCCUUGGAAUAUCAGCACUACAGACCCUGUCUGUCCCUCUCCCCGACCCCCUGGUCUCCUCCAUAAACUGAUCUCUCACUA